AUGAGGAACGUCAACAACUUUUUUGUGGCCUUCUUUAUCUCGGCCGUGUUAGUGAGCUCCGUCACGGCGGCUACAAUGGAGUCUCCGGCACCAGCACCAGGCACUUCUUCCGCCACCGUGGCUUUCCCGGUGGUUGGCUCCAUCGUUGCGGCCUCACUCUCCGCCUUCUUGGCUCUUCUCUUGCAGUAA